AUGGACCUUUCAAAAGCAGCCUCAAGCAAUGUAACCGUUGAAUAUACGGACCCUUCUGGGCUCUUCCCCUCGGUGCAGCAGAUCAUUGAGUCCAAAUUGCCGCUAAAGAAUCUGCAUUGGAAGUCACCGACCCGGCCCGUACGAUCUAUCGAGUCCCUCCGCAUUGGCUUCUCACCGGCCCAGACCGAAUCCACCGAGCAACAGCUGACAAGCGACGAAAAAGGGGCGGUGUCGCAUCGACGACACCAAAUUCCCGGCCUGCGCCAAACACCUUACCUGAAAAUCUAUCUCCUCCGCUGCGAUGACAACGAAACGUAUAAAGCCACGGCGCGAAAAACUCUCCGGGAAUGGAUCAAGGCUCACGGAUCGCCGAGUGGGAGUCAACCCAUUGGCAGCAACCAAGAGAAGCAUGAUGCAUUUGACUGGCUGAUUCUACAUGUGGUUCAGGAUGGCGAGAGCGUGGAGAGGGCCGCGAUGUCGACCUCGAAAUGGGGCCGCAGCACCACGACGGUGCUGGAGAAGAUCAAGGCGGAUUUCAAUGGGACGUCAAAGACCGUACCAGAUCGAGUGGCACAGUUACGAAUUCCGAGAGAAGGUGCCUCGACCAAAUCACCAGAGCUAGCGGAGCAGCUAGAGGACUUGAUCGACAAGAUCAAAGGGGGCGUCCUUGCGUCAUUCGACUUGCGCGUAGCGCAAUAUGAGGAAGAUAUCAAGGGAAAGGACUCGCAGAGAAGUCUUCCAGGAUGGAAUUUUUGCACAUUCUUCAUUUUGAAGGAAGGUCUUGCGCGAGGAUUUGAAAAUGUUGGUCUAUUUGAAGAUGCUCUCCUCGGGUACGACGAGCUGUCUUUCGGCCUUGAUGCGGCCAUUCGAGACCAAUUGCAUGGACGCGGCGAACAGCACGGGACUAUGCUCUCGGAUUCUAGCAAAGACUGGGCGGAGGCUGCGCGGAAAUUGCUCGACUCUGACGUAUCGGGCAACGACGGCGAUGGGGGCCCGGGAGGGCCAAGUCUAGAAAUCAGUCCCGAGCACUUCCCCUUGGAUGCAACCAAACUGCCCUACCGCGAGAUGAUCCUGGCAAGUGAUAUCUCUCUAUUUGAUUUCCGCACUUAUGUCUUUUCCAGACAACUCACUCUGCUCCUACGUGCUGCCAGAGCACCUUCCAUCGUCACAGGCGAAAUGGCAAAGCGCGAAUGGAAAGCUGAAGAUUUCAUGCUGCUCGCGGAAGUGUGCUCUAGAUCGCUGGAGUUCAUCAGUCUUGCCGCCCGCAAUCUUCGAUACGGACUUGAAUGCGCUCUGGAGGACGUGACCAAAGACGCCAAGGCCGAUGUUAUCAACAAUCUCGUCUCGACUUGGGCUUAUUCCGCAGCCCUACAAAUCCUCAACCAGACUUUUACGCCUAAUUUGUCUCUUCCCGAGUCGGCAUUUCAUGCCGCAUCUCACGCGAGCGAUCCCGCUGCUUCGUCGGCGACAGCCGAGAGCCGCGCAGAGCUUCCACGUCGUUCCAGUUCCCUGAUCGGCCCGGCUACGAAUCUUGCACUUCGGGCUACGACUCAGGAGUUGUCCGAUACAUCAACUGGCCCUAUGCAACGGCGUUCAACGCUGGACCAUCCCAAGGCUGCCUCGGCUCAACCACCAAAGACUGGCUCGGAGCAGCUGGCAUCUGCCCGGGGAGAGCUCUGGCUUUUGGCUCGACGUUGUCUGAGCGAAAUCGCUCAGCGUCGCGGCUGGUCUGAGAGCUGGAGCGACCUCGGUUUGCUUUUUAACGAUAAUUACGGCUCCAGCGGAUCUGGCGUGGGCGGGUUUGCGGAAAUCUCCCUCGACGACGACCCUGCACUUGAGUCAAGUUCCUCAAACAAGCGUUCAGGAACCUCCCUGGUCGGCGUAGACUUGCCCACUUUGAGAGCAGGGUUGCAGUCCAAGGAGAAUUUCCUCUCGCUUUAUGAGGAGCUGACGGACCAGAUGAUCCGCCAUUUCCUCGUGGCCAAUCGUGCCAACUCCACCGAAACCGCUCUUGCUGACAUCGCAAUCUUGCGAUACCGGCAAGCUGAUUAUGAGGCUGCGGCUUCUUACUUCCAUCGGAUGGCACCGUUCUUUGGUAGUAAACUCUGGGUAGUCUUGGAGGGCAGCAUGCUAGAGUUGUACGCCCGUUGUCUGAAAGAACUGGGUCGUAACGAGGACUACGUCCGUGUGAUGCUGCGAUUGCUCGCCAAGUUCGCCUCCUUUGCCCAGUCCAAGCUGUCCGUGAGAGAACGGGCACUAGCUUCUCCGCCAUCUAUUUUGCAAAUGCAACAGCUCGCCGGAUACGUAGCCGAUCUGUUCAGUGGAGCGUCGACUAUGCAGAAAGAAAUCACCGCUCCCUUGAAUGAGUAUUUUGCGGAUCUGCGCAUAGAUCCUGCUAUUCGGUUCUAUGAAAACAAGGACGGGUUUCAGAUUAAAGUGGUUCUCAGAUUUUUGGUCGGCCCUCAAGUCAACAUCGAUUCCGUCAAGCUGCGCCUCGUCGGCGAGGGCGGCUCUCAGAAUUCAGAGCACUGGAUCGAGACAUCAAGGGCUUACGUUGUUAAGUCAUCACUGACCACGCUCUUCGUCGACUCUGCUGUCACUCUUCAUGGAAAAUACUUUGUCGAUCGUCUUGAAUUGAAGUCUGGCAAAAUCACCUUCUCGUUCGACAGUGGAAGCCACUCGGCGCUUCCCGUUGGCUUCCGCGAGACUGAUGAAGGUCCGGAGAGUGAUGCAAGGCCCUAUGUUCAUUGCUAUCCCGCCCCAGGCGGAUUACAGGCCAAAGUGGUAUCGCCGCAUCUGAUCAAUCUAGCGGCGAUGCGCACUCUGGAGCUGGAUCUUCAGAGUGGACGAAAUGCGAUCAGUUCAGGGACGAUCCGUGUUCGGCCCGCCACGGCCGGGCUUCGUCUGCGAAUUGCGGAGGUGGAAGUGGUUGAAGGAGACCUGAGUGUGAAACCAGAUCUUGACAUGGGUACCAUCGGGUUCUCGGAGCUCUCCGCGCAGUGCUCGGUGCGGCUCCGGAUUCCCUAUACUGUGGAGGAGGCCUUUACGACGCUUUCCGCGCGCGCCGAAAUCAGCUACACGACAGAACACGGGGAUUUCUCUUUUUCGACGGCACACAAUAUUGUCGCCUCGUUGCCCAUCUCGGUCAAUGUCCAAGACAUUUUCAAGGAAAAGAUCUUAUUCUCUAGGUUCACCAUCAGCCCGGCGAUGCUCAUUCCGUUGCGCAUUACCAACUGCAGCCUCCCAAGCUCUGACAGCUAUGAGGUCGAAACAAACAUCACCGGCCCUGUGGCGAUGGACGUCUUUCCCAAGCAGCCCGCAUCCUUGGUGUAUAAGAUUCGACCGACGGAGUCCGUGGACACUUCCGGUGGCCCUGGAGCGCCCCGCAGUCUUCAAUUGCGCGUGGAUUUCACCUGUGUAGAUGAUGAGUGCCUGGCUGCGGUCGAGGACCUCUUCCUGUCCGCCAUUCAGGCAAGCCCUUUUGGCCAAUACGCGACCUUGCUUGUAUCACAUAUUGUCAACAGUUUCCGCAGUCAACUCUCUACCUCUGAUCUAGAGGCUAUUGGGCUCGUGCGGGAAAUGGAAAUGCUGUCUUAUCCAAGCGUCGGCUGGGAGCCUUUAUUGAGCGCUCUCAAGGAGCCUCUCAACGACGUGCGGCAGUGGCUCACUGCUUGGCACGAGAACAAUCCAAUCGUUCGUCUUCCUGCGCAGGCUGCGAAGCUUACUCGCAGUAUCAUCAUUCCCGUCGAUAUCCCCGAGGUUCAGGUGCUCCAUACGGCCGAGCUGCAACUACAAUGUGAUGGCGCCAGCAGAGACGGUCCUGCUCCAUUCUCACACGUCGCUGUAGGCCAGAUGAUCGCUGCGGAGCUAUGCAUCUGCCAUACACGACGCUGGUGCACUCUAUCCAACCGAGUCCACGCUGACGAGCCGCUCGAAUGUUCGUACGAAUUCCACGCCAAUCCAGACCAGUGGAUCCUGGGAGGUCGUCGACGCGGCAAUUUCCUGGCUCGCGAAGGCGAAACCACUCGAUUCACGGUCUUGCUCCUUCCCCAAAAACCUGGCCACCUCCUCCUUCCUGGAUUGGAAAUCCGCACUUUUGCUCCUACGCCGUCGAGUGCUGUUCCCACAUCCCCCUCUGCACCGGAUUUCAUCGGCGGGGUCGCGGCGGGUCCCGUUCAGCGCCAGGCAAUCGCCUGUGAGGUUGACUACCGGAAUUACAGUGACAGUGUGCUGGUGUUGCCGGAUCUGCGCAAGACCACUGUCAGUCUGAACGCCACGGGCAGUCCCGGUGGAUCAUCGUGGCUCGUGGAUUCGGAACGGCGUGUGGAGGCUUGA